GUCAGCCGUCUGUCUGGCACAGAUGUGUGUUGAUGUGCUUCCAGCUGUUUUUGGGGAAUCGUGGUGUCUGGACCCACGGUCUGGACUAGAGGAUCCUCCCAUACGGCGUGUGAGAUCAUCACACUUUUAAUUAGACCAGAUCCGCCAGUUACGGGGAUGUCGGCCGGUCCCUCUCAGCCUUUUAAAAGCAGCCAGUCGAAACCUUCAGCGGACAGACAGACAGAGGCUCGAACAAGUUGCAGAUUUACAUGAAGAUGCCUUCCACGGUACCUUGUGCUGUUAUUUUGCUGGCAUUUGUCUUGACAUUUAGCGCUGCUCAGACGAGCUGCAAAGGACGAUGUGGUGCUGAGUACUACAGGGGUUACACGUGCCAGUGUGAUUAUACCUGCCUGUCCUACGGAGAGUGCUGCAAAGACUACAAAUCUCAAUGCACCACAAAAGACUCCUGUAAAGGUCGAUGUGGAGAAAACUUCCAAAGAGGUCAGCUGUGUAGCUGCGACUCCGAGUGCAUCAAGUACAAGCAGUGUUGUCCAGAUUACAAGACCCACUGUGAUGCAGAGGAUGACCAUUCAGUUUUACUGGUUGGUCCAACAUCAUAUCCACCAGAUGAUCCCAGUGAUGAUACGUACACCCAGAUCCUUCCAAAUGACGAAGUUCCCAACAAUGGACUAGAGGUGGCCAGUCCAAUCCCUGAGGGCACCAGUGGCUACGGAUCAGCCACAGCCGACCUGCAGGAUCACGGUUCUACCGAAACCACCCCGGACCCUGAGACCCUGGAGCUCAGUACAGAGGCAAUAACACACCUUUCUCAGGCAGAAAUUACUCCCCCAGAUAAUGAACCCACACAGGCCGACGACAGCCCUUCCACCCUUCACGUGACAAGUGGGGAAGCCCCCACUGAGGGCACAGAUGCCAGUGAUCCUCUUAGCUCAACCUACCCAGGAACGACUCUCCCUCAGCCCACAACAGCGGCUGCUCAUGUCUCCAACCAGCCAAUAGCAACCUCAGCGCCCCAGGCAGGGGUUUCUCCUACAGCCAGCACCCGAGAGCUGGAGAUGGUAGAGCAGGCAACAGUACAACCUGAGGGUGACACUUUUCCUGAGCUACAGAAGACAGAUCCAACUGAAGCCUCUUCUGAUAAGCCAGAGGUUACAACCCAACCCUCCAGCACAGUGGCUUCAAUAUCUACAGGACCCCCACAGGACUUCACAGUCUUGGAAAAGUCUCAGGUCACCACCAUAUCUGCCUCGUCGGGGUUGGCCCUGACACCCACCCCAGACGCAACCACUUCAAACCCCGGACCAGAUGAUACUGAGAGCAACUCAGAGGAUGCCACGGCAAGCCCCCCCCCUCUUCUGGCAGACCUUCAAGACCCUUCCACCAGUGUUUCUCCAGCGGGGCUCGGGAACACGUCAGAGCUUGUCCUGACGACCCACAUUCCCUCAUCGUCAGCUUCAGCGCAGGAUGAUACUACAGCUGACGUUAUACCACGAGUAUAUACCACCGCUGAUCCAGCGAAAGUCACCCCGGACCUGACCAAACCCCAGAACAAACCUGACCCAUACAAGACCUUGCCAACUAAAUCAACUCUGGCUAAACCUACCUCCAAACCUGAGAGUAAGCCUCUGGACACUGCACAAAUUCUGAGCAUAGACGAUCCAAGAGACUACCAAGCAGAUGACAGCAACGAUACAAACCUGUGUAAUGGGCAGCCGGCCAGUGCGGUUACCACACUGAGGAAUGGCACAACGGUGGCUUUCAGAGGGCACUUCUUCUGGCUACUGGACAGAAAUAUGGUGCCAGGUCCGGCCCAAGGCAUUACACAAGUGUGGGGCGUCCCCUCCCCCAUUGACACCGUUUUCACCCGCUGCAACUGCCAGGGAAAAACAUACAUUUUCAAGGGAGCGCUGUACUGGAGAUUUGAAAAUGAUGUUUUGGACCCUGGCUAUCCUAAAGUCAUCGCAACAGGCUUUGAUGGGCUUCAGGGCCACAUCACAGCCGCUCUGUCUGUGCCUCAGUACCGGAGGAGGACAGAGUCAGUCUUCUUCUUCCGGAGAGGGGGAUGGGUCCAGAAAUAUUCAUACCAGUUUGGCACCAGUUCAACGUGUGGCAAGAAAGUCCAGGCCUCCAUUUACACAGUGCGCAAGCGGAUGGCUCGGCAUGCAGUGUCUAAUCUUAAACCAGCCAUCAACAUCCGAACAUCCUGGAGAGGUUUUCCCUCAACCAUCACAGCCGCUGUGUCCAUCCCCACAAACACAGAACCGGAGGGAUACAAAUACUACGUCUUCUCAAGAUCCAAAUCCUACAAUGUGAGGAUGGAUGGUGAACAACCUGUCAUUGCUGCUCCUAAAGCCAACACGACACCUCAGAGCAACAAGUUCUUCAAAUGCCCAGAGAAAGUCUAGUUGAACAGCAGUCACUGUUUUUUUUUUAAAAAGUUGCCUUUCACAUUAAUUUUCUUGUAGUUUUAAAGUUUAUUACAUACGUCAUAAAACACACACUGCUUCAGCAUGGAGCGUGAUUACAAAAGGUAAUUUCCAAGUACAUUAAAAACAAGAGCAAAACAAAAUACAACAGGCCUCAGACCAAGUGAACAAUUAUCCAGACUGAAUGCAGAAUCUGAAUGCUCUGAUUGGAAAAUGUGUAAAGUGUUUCUGAAGGGAAUGACGAGUUGUCCAGUCGUGCUUGCCGAGCUUUCUGACUAGUGCUUCAUCUGGCAAAUCGUCUCCCGUGUACGCCCCGAGAGGGAAAUGCAUGACCUGUUGAGAUAUGAACAUUUUUUUUUCUUUUUU